AUGGCUCUUAACCAACGACAAGUCGAAGUCCUCACUAAGAGAGACGACUUUGGUAUAGUCAGUCGAAUGUCUGGAGAGUCGAAGGCAUCUUUGUCAUCUCAAUACAGAUGCGAAAACAUCAUCAUGCCAGCUCCAGUGGCGUUGAAUGCCCUCGGUGCUUGCGCUGUCGCCACUGGCUCUCAGAAGGCCAACAUUACCUUUGCACCCCCCAAAGAAGGGUUUAAGUACCUGAGUGACUUUGCCGGAUUCAGGCUCCAGCCGAACCUCUCGAAGUGUGUCGACCUGGGUCGAUUUGCCUUUAUGGAGACCGAUAAGCAGAUGGGCAAGAUCAACAUGCUUUCUGAGGCAGUCUCUGGAAGUUAUGAAAAUAUCCUUGAAGCACUUUCCGACCCAGAAGCUCCAGGGCGCCUCCUUAUACAGGAGAUGGAAGCUUGGAAUUAUGCAUCUCGGGACUGUUUGUAUUCCUCCAAAGAGAUGGACGAGAAGUUCAAAGAGUGGAUUAAUCAUGCCUCUGAGCUCCAUCAGGCCUGUGUCACAGCAGAACCAACUUCUGACGAUCAACAAGUCUUGAAGGACAUUGAGUCAGCUGUUUCUGGGGCAUCGAUUGACUACCAGCAGAAUAUUUCUACGAAUCAACUGGAGAGGUCUUUGGAAGCAGUAACUGAGGCAUUCAAAAAGGCUUCUGAUGGAUUUCCCAAAGACUGGGAUAUCGUUAGUCGGCAGAUUGUCGAAAAGCUGGCAGACAGCUUGGCCACUGCUCUGGACCAAGCCAUGCCUGUCCCAAGUGCAAGUAAGCCCAAAGAUGCAAACGAUCCUGCCUACAGCCAGGUCGUUCGGGAUCUGAUCUACUGGGAGCUGCUCAGCACUGCUUUUGUUGGCACCACUGAUGGUAUUGCUUGGGACAAAGCUGGCCAGGCCAUGACCUUCGCAGCUAAGAUGCUUGCGCAUUCGCAGAAGUCUUUUGGCUCUCGUGCCUCCAGUUCGGACCCUAAGCAAGCUGGCAAGUCUCCUGGAUACACUGCACCGAACAAAGACUCCGAUAUGGUCAAAUCCUGGCAGAGAGAUUUCUUGAGUAACUACGCGACGGUGAUUACGAUGAACGCGACCGCCAAGUCUUUCCUAGGAUCAAUUGCGAACGGGAGCACCGUUCCCAGUCAACGCGGCAACCCUGAUACUGAAGCAGCACAGCUUCAAGUCAAGACCGCCCAAGCCCAGGCAGUCUUCGAAUCAGCUAAGACUAGGAUACAUACAGCGUCAGAAGCACUGGCUGCCACACGAGAUACCUACCAAAACUCUACUGGGAUCCUUGUGGAGCAGCAAGAGAGACUCAGUCAAGUCAACGCCAAGCUGGAACGUCUCAAGAACUCGAGCCUGGAAAUGAACGCUAUCAAGGGAAUCCUGGUCCAGGCGAUUGCCACGAUGUUGGAGAUUAAGACCGAGAUUGUGAAUCUCGUGCGAUUCUUCAACGCCAUCUCGGUAUCCAUUAGAUUUGUCACAGAGAAAUAUGUCAACCCAUAUGUCGAUGCCAUCAAGGCCGGCAACGACGGAGACAGGGUUGGGCCAUAUUCCAUGCUGGACUUUCAGCGAAGCUGCAUCCUUAAUGGCGCUACCAUCAUCCGAUCCUACUUCUCAGCCUUUGCCGAUUACGCUUCAAUGUGGGCCCGGGUGUCGCAAAUGAGUAUCUUCCCUAUGCUGCGUAUGGUGGAUGAACUUUCAUCUUUUGCUGGCAUGGGGAUGGACUCGAGGAUGACCAGCAGGCAAGCAGGCGAGACACAGGAAUUUUCCAGGAGGGCAUUUGAUGAAAUCUCCAGGAAAGCGAAAGAGGGACAAUCGAAGACCAUAAGGAACAUGGAGACCAGGGUGUCUGAGACCAACGAGAAGAAGCAGACCCUAGGUUCUGCCUCUCCUGAGAUUUCCGCGGCCAUUUCUUCCGGGGUUGGUAACUCUAAGAGAGCUGCGCAGCAGGGUCUACGAACUGAAGCAGACCAGAGCCUUUUGGCAAAGUCCCUUGCCAGAGGAAACUAA